AGUCAAGGUUACAGCAAUGGGAGUCAAAAUAGAAAUUUUCCGGAUGAUGCUGUACCUGUCUUUUCCCGUGACUAUGUUCUGGAUCUCAAAUCAGGCGGAGUACUUCGAGGAGUAUGUGGUGAAAAGGAAGAGGGAGAUCUACCCACCGGACGAGGAAAUCAGGAGGAAGGAGCUGGAGGCCUUUAAGGAGCGCAUGCGAGAGCGGAGGGAGCAGCGGCUGCUGAAGCAGGCGGGACUGGCAACCGAAGAGUGAGGAGGAGGAAGCUGAAAAGGGAGGCCUGCCUGCUUUAUGGAGAUUGAAGGUCAUCAGGGGGGGACUAAGGACGGAGAUAAGAGGCAUCAGGUCCUGGCACACUGGUGCCAUAAAGAUCCCCCGAAUAAUGGAUGUUUGAAUGGACAUGGCAACCCUAGUCCCUUGUACAUUUUGUACUUCUGGUGUAUGUUAUAUUUUGAUUAUUUGAAAAUUGAAACUUAUGUGUUCUUGAAGCCAUGAUGAUAUAAAGUUAUUUUCUAUUUUUCUCCUCCUUUUUUAAGGUGGUGGUGGUGUAAAAAUUAAAAUUGUGAAUUGUGAAAA